GGAAAACAAGCCUCUUGGGAACAGAAGCACAGAGCACAGCGGUACACGUUCUCUCAUCUCUCCCUCCAUGCCUAUCUCUGAUCUCAGGAUGUGGACUCUACUGCUUGGGGUCGUUUUGGGACUUCUGACACCUGUUCAGUCCGACCCUGUUCCUGCCUCGACAGAACUUCCUGCUCUGGCUGCUGGGGAUUUUCUUGGGGAAACGUUCAAGUUCUUCAAGAAGCUUGUAGUGGGUCCCCCGGAUGCCACCAAUGGAACAUCCAGCAGUGAUGAAACACUGGACCUAGAUCAUCUGGUGACCCCUGACCCUGUGACAUCUGACCCGGAAGACCAGCUGCCCACCUUUGACCCAGAGGAGGGCAGCACAGAUGAGACAGAGGGCAGCACUACAGAGGGCAGUAUGAAACACCCCACUUCGGGACAAGACGAUGAAGGGGAGCUGUUUGAAGCCAACUUUAAACCUAACUUUAACCUCCGCUCCAGUCCAACUCCUCGCCCCAGUCCAACUCCUCGCCCCAGUCAAAGCAACACAGAGGACAAUUAUGAAAAGUACGACUAUGAUUCCAGUCCAAGUGAGAGACCUGAUUCACCAGAGGAAGAUGAAGUGAUCCUGGAUACCGAAAGCCCCACAGUAGAGUUUGUCCCCACAGCAGAGUUUGUCCCCACAACAGAGUUUGUCCCCACAGCAGAGUUUGUCCCCACAGCAGAGUUUGUCCCCACAGCAGAGUUUGUCCCCACUGCAGAGUUUGUCCCCACAGAAGAGUUUGUCCCCACAGUAGAGUUUGUCCCCACAGCAGAGUUUGUCCCCACAACAGAGUUUGUCCCCACAGCAGAGUUUGUCCCCACUACAGAGUUUGAGCCCACAGCAGAGUUUGUCCCCACAGCAGAGUUUGUCCCCACUGCAGAGUUUGUCCCCACUGCAGAGUUUGUCCCCACUGCAGAGUUUGUCCCCAUAGCUGAGUUUGUCCCCACAGCAGAGUUUGUCCCCACAGCAGAGUUUAACCCCACCACUGAUUUUCCGAUGGAUUUGGAAGAUGUUAAAGCAAUCCUUGACCCUAACCCCAGCCCCAGUCCUUAUCCAACUCAUGAUGCUAGCACCACAACAGAGCAAGAGGAGUUGGAGGACGAUAUAUUCAGACCAAACUUUGUCCCCAGCCCUAGUCGUGUACCGGAUCCCAGCCCCAGCCAUAGUCCCAUCUCAGAGUUUGAAGAAGAAGACCUGUUACCUCUUAGCCUUGAUGCAAGCUUUAGUACCACCUCCAGACCUAGCCAAAGUUCAGGGACCAGCCAUACACCUCGUUCUAACCUAACCAGUAUGACAGGCUUGGAGGAAGGCGUGGCUGCAAAGAUGAAUACAGAGCUGGCCUUCACCUCAACCACCAGUUCUGCCGCACCUACAACAGUCAGGAUGAAUUCAGACAUCGAAGGGUCAGGGUCGGGAUUCCUGCCUCAGAGUAGCACCACAGUAGCAGCCCCUGCUGGUGAGGAGGACCAAACAUACAACUCCCUAGUCGAUAAGCCAUUCAUUGAAACAGAGACAAGAAUUCAAGGCACCAAUAGGCUUGCUCUACCAAGGGAGGAACCGGCAGUGGAUACCUCUACAGUUCUUCAUGAUGCAGCUGCUGUAAAACCAACCCCAUCCAGACAACAUGAUUCAUAUACAUCGGGUUGGUUGAUCAUCGUUGCCUUCGUCGCGGGCGUGGCGGUCUUGGUCGUAAUCUGUGUUGCCAUAGGUACCAGAGACAGGUGGAAUGCACCGGCCCAGGAAUCUGAGAAGAAGGGCUCAGGAGAUGAGAAGGCGGAGCGGGAAAUGGAGAGGUUUCUGUCUAAAGAGAGGCCAAGGGAAAACGUCCACGCUGGAGAGUACACUGUUAUACUUCUGGAGGACCUCCCAGAGAAAGAGCCGCUGGACUGAGACGGGCCGAGGAGAUGCAGAACGGGGACAAAAUAAGAACAACUGACAUCUUAGAAAUAGAAUGGAACGGGUCUCCCCAUUCUAGUCAUUGGUGGCAUAAUGGGUGGCAUACUGGGUGGCAUAAUGGGUGGCAUAAUGGGUGCCAUUAUGGGUGGCAUAAUGGGUGGCAUACUGGGUGCCAUUAUGGGUGGCAUAAUGGGUGGCAUUAUGGGUGGCAUAAUGGGUGGACCCCCCCAUUCUUGACACACACGGGAAACUGUUGAGUGUGAAAAACCCAGCAGCGUUGUAGUU